AUGAAGCUCGCAUUCAGGACCGCCGCUCUCCUCGCCGCCCUUUCCAUCCCAGCUGUUCUCGCCCAGGGCACUGUCACAUUCACGCUCACCACCGCAAACGGCGACAGCGAGAUCUAUCAGGUCACGGCCAAGUCCGGGCCCACUGAAUGUUUGGACAGACCAUUCGGGGCAACCACCGUCACAGACAUAGUAGACAUCGAGGUCGUCGGGCGGUCGGCCCCGGGCCUUGACAUCCUUUGUCUUUUCUGGUCGGACGUGGGCUGCACGGGCUCAAUCUACCGGCCUCCCUCCGGUCCGGAUGACUUCAGCAGAACCUUUGUGGUGGGCAGCUGGGAGUGUUACGUUCGCCAGGGAACGUUGAUCGAAUAG